UCGGCUCGGCUCUGCCCACCUUGGCUUGGUUUGGCUCUGCCCGGCUGGGCUCGGCUCUGCCCCCUCCGUUCCCGGCGGGCGGGGUGACAGCGCUGUGCCCGCCCCGCCGCUUGUUGCGCCUCCCGGGGGUGCCAGUCCCUUGUCGCCCCCCAACAGGGCACGUAGGAAUGGAUGGAGGCGGCGGAGCCCGGCAGCAGAGCAUGGUCAGAAGAGGAAUGGAUGUAACAUGAUAUCCUUGGAGUGCUCAAAACACACAAAUUCUGUGAAGAUUUGUUUUUUUGGUUAAGUAAUACAAAGAAAAUGGAUGAAUCAGCUUUGCUGGAUCUGUUGGAGUGUCCUGUUUGCCUGGAACGCCUUGAUGCUUCUGCGAAAGUCUUGCCUUGCCAGCACACAUUUUGUAAACGCUGUCUGCUGGGGAUUGUGAGCUCUCGAAAUGAACUUCGAUGCCCAGAGUGCAGGACCUUAGUUGACUGCAGCGUUGAUGAACUUCCCAGUAAUAUUUUGCUUGUUAGACUACUGGAUGGCAUCAAACAGAGGCCUCGAAAACCCAGCGCUGGUGGUGGGACGGGUAGCACAAAUGCUCUAAGAGUCCCCAUCAACACUGUAGCUAAUUGCGGAUCAAAAGACCUGCAGAGCUCUCAGGUUGGACAGCAGCAAAGGGUGCAAGCGCGCAGCCCUCCUGUUAGGGGUGUACCUCAGUUACCAUGUGCCAAAGCAUUGUAUAACUACGAGGGAAAAGAACCUGGAGAUCUUAAAUUCAGUAAAGGAGACAUCAUCAUUCUGCGUCGACAGGUGGAUGAAAAUUGGUAUCAUGGAGAAGUCAAUGGUGUCCAUGGCUUUUUUCCUACUAAUUUUGUUCAGAUUAUUAAACCUUUACCUCAACCUCCGCCUCAGUGCAAAGCACUUUAUGACUUUGAAGUAAAAGACAAGGAAGCAGAUAAAGACUGUUUACCAUUCGCAAAGGAUGAUGUUGUGACUGUUAUUCGCCGUGUGGAUGAAAACUGGGCGGAAGGAAUGCUGGCUGACAAGAUAGGAAUAUUUCCAAUUUCAUACGUUGAGUUUAACACAGCAGCCAAACAGCUGAUAGAAUUGGAUAAGCCCUCAGGUUCUGCUGUUGACUCUGGAGAAGGUACCUCUGGGGCAGCCCACAACAGUUCAACACAAAAGCACACCGAUGCUAAAAAAAACACCAAAAAACGACACUCUUUUACCUCCCUCACUAUGUCCAACAAGUCUUCACAGUCUUCUCAGAAUCGCCACUCAAUGGAAAUAAGUCCUCCUGUCCUCAUCAGCUCCAGCAACCCUACCGCAGCAGCCCGCAUAAGUGAACUGACGGGACUUUCCUGUAGUGCCCCUUCUCAGGUUCAUAUCGGUACUACGGGGCUAAUUGUGACUCCACCCCCUAGCAGCCCAGUCACAACAGGGCCUUCAUUUACCUUCCCGUCCGAAGUUACCUACCAAGCUGCUCUUGGUAAUAUGAAUCCCCCACUUCCGCCACCACCUCUCUUGCCUGCUGCAAUCAUUGCGUCGGCCUCUUCUGGACCUCAGUCUGCAGGUGUAGGACAAAGGCCUACACAAGGAUCAACCGACCAAAUGUCACAUUUACGACCACAAACUCGCCCAAGUGUCUAUAUUGCUAUAUAUCCUUAUACUCCUCGAAAAGAAGAUGAACUGGAACUGCGAAAGGGAGAAAUGUUCUUAGUCUUUGAACGCUGUCAGGAUGGCUGGUUCAAGGGAACUUCCAUGCAUACAAGCAAGAUUGGUGUUUUUCCUGGAAAUUAUGUGGCUCCAGUUACAAGGGCAGUGACAAGUGCAUCACAAACGAAAGUUCCCAUGUCUACUGCCGGCCAAACGGGACGAGUGGUAACUAUGGUCAGCCCUUCCACUGCGAGUGGAACAUCUCAGAAGCUCCAGGGGAAUGGUGUGGCAGUGAGCUCCAGCACAGUACCCACAGCUGUGGUUUCUGCAGCACAUAUCCAAACGAGUCCACAAACCAAGGUCCUUAUGCAUGUGACAGGACAAAUGACAGUCAACCAGGCUCGCAAUGCAGUUAGAACAGUUGCUGCACACAGUCAAGAAAGACCUACGGCAGCAGUCACACCCAUACAAGCACAGAGUCCAACAUGCCUUAUUCCUGCAGCUGUGAUCAUUCCUCAUCACUCGGUUGCCUCCCAGCAGCUCCAGCCCCAGCUUCCAAAUACUGCUGCUUACGUCACGGCUGUGAAUGUGAACCGCUCAACCAUCCCACUGGCAUGUGCAGCAGCUUCUUUGAAUUCUCCCAAUGCUGCUGCUUCGUCUUUGGAGGGAGAUAGUAGUGGGAGAACUGUAAAUGCUCACCCUGGAGCUCCUGCGUCUCCGGAGAAUGCUUUAGUGGCUGGUGCAAAUGCUGCUGUCAGUAAAGCAGACAAGGAUGGCAAGAAAGAAAAAAAAGGUUUGCUGAAGCUGCUUUCUGGAGCAUCCACGAAACGCAAGCCCCGAAUGUCACCUCCGGCAUCACCAACGCUGGAGGCUGAGCAGGCAGCUGCAGAGUUAGCCCUGCAAGGUGCAGUCGGGCCAGAGCUUCCAUCAGCAGGCGGUCUCAGCAAAGCGGGAUCCUGUCCCACUGACAGUGAGGUCUCUGGGCUGGCACAGGAGAUGCUGCAUCGGAAAACAAGUUCCAUGGAUUCCUCUGUUCCAGUAGCACCACCACCUCGGCAGCCUUGCUCAUCCCUUGGUCCAGUCCUGAAUGAAUCCAGGCCUCUUAUCUGUGAAAGGUACAGGGUUGUGGUAUCCUAUCCUCCUCAGAGUGAAGCAGAGCUUGAACUUAAGGAAGGUGACAUUGUUUUUGUACACAAAAAGCGUGAAGAUGGCUGGUUCAAAGGCACUCUGCAACGAAAUGGAAGAACGGGCCUUUUCCCCGGCAGCUUUGUAGAGAACAUUUGAGAAGAUUCUUUCCAAGAGCUUCAAACCGUAUUGUACUGUAAAAUAGCACAAAUAUUUUACCAGAAAAAGCACAGUCAUGAAAUAUUUUCAAAUGACUGUAAUGUAAACAAAAAUCUACAUAUUUUUACAGUGUCUAUAGCACAAUUACACCAGCGAACAAAGAAGAUGAAGGCAUCUGCUGGUUUUAUCACUUUGGAUUCUUAAGCGUGAUGUGUGCCUUGUACUGUCUGAUUUGUUAUAUAGAGAAACUUUUUUUUUUUCUCCCAAGUAUGUUACAUAAAUGAACCAUUGUUUACAAGGCUGUAACUAAUUUAUUCUUGUUUUUUUAAACUUGAAUUUUAUGUAAUAGCUAAAAUUCUUGUGACUAUGAUUUUAACAAAUUAUUAAUUUAUGAAAGAAUAACUAAGGGGAAGCUGGAUUCUCUCCUUAUGAGCAAGCAAUUAUAAUAUCUGAUAAAGAGCCUCCCAUUUAUCCUCUGGACAUUUUUCCCCUGCUAUGUCUGCCAGUGGAGUUAAGUCUGUUUUAUGAGUUAAUGUUGAGUGGUGGUGAAGUGGCGUUAAAUAGAAUUUGCCAAGUGGGGAAAAAAUGUAUAUUUUGUUCUUUGGACAGAGAAAAAAAAUGUCAGUGCUGUUCUUAAGUCUAGUUCUACUUUGUCAUAAAUCACCCAAGUAGAGUAAUGUUUCCAGGAGGCAAAGAUGUAUGCGAACAACUGAAUAAAAUUCUACCAUCUCAAGGUUAGGAUCAUCUCAAGGUUAAGAAGGAAGAAAUUUAGGAAUGCCAGUAAGAAAUUCCCUAUACCUUCUGCUUAUGAAAUAACUUGGCUAUUUGAACAAAGCUUAGCUUUGUAUAUUUGGCCAGUUCUUUGGGCAUUUAGCGCUCAAAAUCCAACAAAGGAAUGUUAAAUCCCAACACUUAGAAUUAUUAUAUCUUGAAAACAUCUGUUUGAUAAGACUGAAUAUAAAAAUAAAAGAAUAAGUUGUACUUAAUGUCUAAAAAUGCCUAAGAAGUGUAAUUUGCUAUGUUUUCUUCUCAAACUGAUCUGCAUGGCCAAGAGAUGUUUUAAAAUGUCUGAGCAAUAGUGGUGGUAAGUGAUGCACUUGUGUUAAAGUAACAGGCUGUAUGAAACACUGUGAAAACUUUACUAACUUCUUAACCAUUGCUACUUUGGUAUGCUCCAGCCUUUUCUUUGUCUUGCAUGUGUUCUCAAUUCUUGCAGUAAUGUAACUGUUCGUGGUUGGCAUUUUCCAUCCCAAUUUCCCAUUGCUGGGUUAUUUUGCUCUGAAAGUUUCCCAAAAGCCACUUGACCAAAACUAGUGAGCAACUCACUUUCAACCAUGGAAGGUGUCUGGUGUUUGAAUAAUUAAUAAAAUAUUCUAGUGUCCUUGCAGCUGAUGGAUAUGAGGAAUGCAGGCUGCAACAAAAGUGUUAAUUUUUCAGGGUUUUGUUAGAGAUUUGACACUGGUGAACACACAUGCUACUCAGCUGGAUUUGUUUGGGUUUUUGUUUUAUUUUAUUGUUUGUUUAUAGCAGUUUGAUGGUGAUUUUUUGCAAGACACUGAGCACUGUUAUCUCCAGUUAAUUCUGAUGUAAUUUGGCUGUUACUCAGCACUUUACAAAGGGAAGCCAGUAGUGUGAUUCAGUGUCGCACAGUCUACAAGAACAGUGAUGAGAAAGCACACAGUGAUGUGUUAAAAAAAAAAAAAAAGUAGUAUGAAAAAGAUUAAAAGAUAAGUUACACGCUGAAAAAUAUCAAAUGUUAAUGACAAGGAUUUCUUCUAAUAUCAGGUAGUAUCAUGAUGGUCUUAAAAAUAUGAAAAUAUAUAUCUUAUAACUAUAUAUAGUUGGACAUGACAGCAUUCCCAAAUUAACCAUUUCUCUGAAACACUGUAUAAUUAAGUUUGUUUUUAAAUAUUUUUAAAUAGUUUACUUGAAUAUUCAUGUAAUAUAUAAAGGUUUUGUGAAAUGAAUUUUAGUUAGAAAGAAGCUGGUAUCAGCUUUUCUCAGCAUAAAUUGGCACUAGUGUGUCACUAUAUUCUUAUUUUGGAAAAAUUAGUGCAUUUUAUAUUAAAGACUACUAAAGGUUAAUUUUUUUCUAUCUCUACUGUUCAUAUUUUAAACUAAGUGACUAAGGUACCUCUAUUAAUAGAAUUUCAUGGUGUAAAGUCAGUUAAAAAUCAGCUGUUAAUCCAAUAGUUCUCUUAGAUGGAAUACAUUUUUAAUUGAUAUUUUUUAACAUUAAGUAAAUGUUUGUAAAAAGGGCUUAUUACAUAGCAGUGCAACAAUGACAAAAAUGUGGUUUAUCAUGCCUUUUUUUGUGAUCUUUUAGGGGUUGUUUUUUGGCUUUGGCUUGGGAUUAAUUCAGUGUAGAAACAGACAAACCCUGUACAUUUGCUUUGUGUAAUUCCAUAAAAAUUUUUGUAAGGUAUUUUAUAUCUAUGCUUGAAGUCCAGUGAAUGUUAAGUGUUUGAUUUACUAUGUUAAACUUCCAAUCCUAAUAAAUAUUUUCUUAGCAAACAGCUCAAUCAAAAUGCGUAUGCAAACCUUAAACGUAAAUUACUUGUAAAAAAAAUGACAAUAAAAAUACCAGAACUUUAUUUCAGAAUUCACAGGAGAAUAUUUCUGCUUAUAGAGAAAAAGUCUACACAUUCCAUGAGGUUAGAAGUUUGGAAUGAUGAAUAUAAUGCAAAAAUUACAGAGAAACUUGAGAAUCUGGCUUAU